UCCAGCCACUUGUUGCACACAACAGAUUCAGUCAGGGAGCUCUUGUCUUUGGAGAUGCAGGCCGAAGAAUACAAUCGCAGAGGUAAGGAGCUGGUGGACUAUAUCACAGAGUACCUGGGCUCCAUCAGGGAGAGGAGGGUCAUCCCUGAUGUGAAACCGGGCUACAUGCGGGAGCUCCUGCCCGACUCUGCCCCGACUGAACCGGAGGACUGGGACAGCAUCUUCAGCGACAUUGAGAGGGUCAUCAUGCCAGGGGUGGUUCACUGGCAGAGCCCCCACAUGCACGCCUACUACCCCAGUCUGACUUCGUGGCCCUCUAUGCUUGGGGACAUGCUGGCAGAUGCCAUCAACUGUGUCGGGUUCACGUGGGCUUCCAGCCCGGCAUGCACAGAACUGGAAAUGAAUGUGAUGGACUGGCUGUGUAAAGCUCUGGGACUGCCCCUCUUUUUCCUGCACCACCAUCCUGACAGCAGAGGUGGAGGCAUCCUUCAGAGCACCGUCAGUGAGAGCACGCUGGUCGCUCUGCUGGCAGCGCGGAAAGACAAAAUCCUCCAGCUGCAGGCCGAACUGGACCAGGAGGUGGACGACUCGGUCCUGAACUCGAGGCUGAUAGCGUACGCUUCGGAUCAGGCUCAUUCCUCAGUUGAGAAAGCAGGUCUGAUCUCACUGGUGAAGAUAAGGUUUCUUCCCACGGAUGACCAGUUGUCUCUAAGGGGAGACACCCUGAAACAAGCCAUUCAAGAGGACAAGCGAAUGGGACUGAUCCCUUUCAUGCUGUGUUCAACUUUGGGAACGACAGGCGUGUGUGCCUUCGACAAGCUCUCCGAACUGGGACCAGUCUGUAAGGAAGAGGCCCUGUGGCUUCAUGUGGACGCCGCUUAUGCUGGCUCAGCCUACUUCUGCCCCGAGCUCCGCUGGUCAAUGGAGGGCAUUGAUUUUGCACACUCUUUUGUUUUCAACCCUUCCAAGUGGAUGAUGGUUCAUUUUGACUGCACAGCUUUCUGGGUGAAGGACAAAUAUAAGCUCCAGCAGACCUUCAGCGUUGAUCCUGUUUACCUCAGGCAUGAAAAUUCACAGGCAGCGACAGAUUUUAUGAACUGGCAAAUCCCUCUUAGUCGACGUUUCCGAUCUCUAAAGCUCUGGUUUGUCAUGCGCUCCUUUGGGCUGAAAAACCUCCAGGCUCACAUCAGACAUGGGAUUGAGAUGGCAAAGCUCCUGGAAUCUCACAUAAAGAAAGAUCCAAACUUUGAAGUUCCUGCUCAGAGGCACCUUGGCCUCGUGGUCUUCUGUCUGAAGGCAGGAAACACUAUGACCCAGGAACUUCUGAGGAGACUGACCCGCUCCGGCACCAUGUACCUCAUCCCCGCCGAAAUUCACGCCAAGCGCAUCAUCCGAUUCACCGUGACCUCACAGUUCACCUCUGCAGACGACGUCCUUAAGGACUGGGGCAUUAUCUCCAAAACGGCGUCCGCUCUCCUGGCCGAGAUGCGCACUCUGACCAAGGCGGAGCAGCCGAGAUCAGGGGAAAACGAGGCCAAAGGGGCCGAAAAAAAACAAGACCCUCAUUCAGAUGCCACGGCUGAGGAGAAAGAAGACACUUUCACCCCGCUGGAGAAAGCUCAAGUGGAGCUGUGGAUAGACAAGAACUGGAACCGACCCAGAAGACCCAUGCGCUCUCUUAGCUGCAGCAGCGAGCCGUACGCCUACGUCGGGCCACUGGCCGGAUGCGAAUAUGAAGCACGUUCUGGCAUUAGAGAGGCCGCAGGAGGCCCAGCAACAGGCCCAGCAACAGGAUCCGGGCCUUUGUACAAGAUUACUGAGAUGCCUUCAAAUGUCCUAGGAAAACGGGUGCUGAAGAAGCUGACGAAGUUCUACAGUGUGCCCAUUUUCUGCAACCAGUGGGUGCAGUGCGGCCAGCAGCAACUGUGCUGCCCUCUGACGGUUUCCCAGGCACCUCAGAAACACCUGUCCCCCACCUGCGAAGAAUGA